CCCCAACGAGGCUCUAUUCGCCAGUGAAUCCUGUCCAAGAAGGCUGGCAAGCGCGAUAUGACGGCCAUAUAUUACCUCAACAUCGAGCUUUUUCUGCCGUAACCUGCUCCACCUCCUUGGAACGAACAAACGAACAGAGAGGCCAGUAACAAGCAACGAAGCAAGUCAGAACGGAAAGUACCAUGACCAAACCUUGGGAUACUUACGAAGCCACCAUCAAGAGCUUGUAUACUAAGCAUACACUCUCUACCGUUCGGCAGAUCAUGCUCCAAGAGUACGGAUUCAAGGCAUCUGAUUUCAGGACAACGCUUCCAUCUCACCAGCAUACCCCCGACUAUGACCACAACAGUGUGCCAUACCGAGAUUCCCAGAACCACCAAGCCAAUUCUCAGAUCGUGGCUUAUCCCAAUGACAAAAACAACGAUGGAGGCAUCGUCCAGGCUGAAUCAACAACCAACGAGACCACAGGUCCCUACCUUUCAUUUGAUGGCUAUUAUGGAGCCUCAGUCACUACUAUGCCGGGCGAUACUCCCUCGUAUGCUUACCCCUUCCAAACUCCAGUUGAGCUGAUCGAAACCGAGGCCCUGAAGACCCAAAUGCAGGGCCAAGAAUGAACAUAGUUGGCUUAGACGCAACGACACCGGGACCUGUGAGCCCGAAUCACAUCUUUUUUUAAUGAUAGCGGGCAUUGAUGGGUGGGGUUUCUUUUGCGGAAUAAUGAACGACUUGGCAUGAUUCAUAAUCUUCACGGCCCAUCCUUGUAAACCCGUCACUGGCAUUAAAAAGGGAUAAUCCUUGAACUCCAUGUAAAGCGUCUUCGCCAGCUAACUCUCUUUUCGAACGAAGAACCAAGCAACGACUCCUGCGGAGCAUGUAUCCCUUCGAGAGAGCUCAUACAAGGGUACACACCUUAGUGACUAGCCCAUCAUGACAUCCAGCUCUUAAUGGCAGCAUGAUUGUCCCGCAGGCUGUUUCAGCGCGGGGGUUUCUGAUGUCCAAUCAAAAUAAGUCGCCUCCAGUGUCCUCCAUGAAACUUAUUCCCGGCUAAAA